AUAGUGCCUCGCCCGCGCAUGCUGAGCGAUCAUACGCGCGCGACGAACUGGUUAUUUAAAAAAAAACCUUUCGAUUCCGAUAUAAUUAAAAGUGUAAACAUAGUGAAGUGACAGAAAGAUUGUAGUGAUGUUCGCAUAGACACUAAUUAAUAAGGUAAACAGUGGAUUGUUAAACAUAUUUAAAAAAAAAUCGCGAGUACAUGCUCUACAAGGGCAUUUACAAGCCAGUGCAAUUCAUAAACAGUUGUUACUAUUUUUGUGUGAGGAUAUUUAACACUUCAUGAAUGGAUUAUAACGAAAAUGUUUAAAACAAUGCCUGAAAUAAUCGUAAGGAUAUUGUAUAGUUCUUCAAACAAUAACUGACGAAUACAGCAUCAUGGAGGGGGUUAGAAUAUCUCAUCAGGGCUUGAAGGCGCAUUCCCCGGAAGGGGCGGCCGGAAGAAUAACCCAAGCUGGUCUAGCAGCGCGCAGUGCGGAGGGAACAGCUGCUAAAGCCAUGGCUAUCAAGGGUCACGAGGAUCUAUGGGUAGAAAUCCAAGCUAAUACGUUUAGAAACUGGAUUAACGAGACGCUCAAACCGAUGAACAUAAAGGUUGUGGAUCUAGUCGAAGACCUUUGCGAUGGUACGGUAUUAUGCGCCUUGGUGGAAGCCCUGCAGGGUCGCAGACUGAAGGGAUGGAGUUCGAACCCAACAAACCAGCACCACAAGCUAGAAAACGUUACCACCGCGCUCCAGGCCAUCGAAGACGAUGGUGUUAAGCUUGUUAAUAUCGGCAACGUGGACAUUGUAAAUGGAAACCUGAAGCUGAUCCUAGGAUUAAUCUGGUCCCUCAUCAUGAGGUACCAAAUUGGCAAGAGCAAAUUCCCGCCCAGGAAGCUAAUGCUCUCGUGGCUUCAGGCGGCGAUGCCUGAAUGUCGAGUAGGGAACCUUACAACUGAUUGGAAUAGCGGAGUUCUCCUCUCCGCACUCCUUGACUACUGCAAGCCUGGCAUAUUCCCACAUUGGAAGGAACUCAAUCGUCACGAAGCCAUAGAAAACUGUCGAAGAGCUAUGAAACUGGCUCACAGAGAACUCGACGUACCCAUGGUUCUGGAGCCGGAGUAUUUGGCCUCACCAUGGCUAGAUGAGCUGUCAGGGAUGACAUACCUCUCCUAUUUUAUGAAGCCAGAUUCAACGGGGGUCAAGUCGACGUUAGACUGGGUUAACUCACGUUUGGAGAGACCUAUAACAAACUUUACGACGGACUGGAACGACGGUCGCGUUGCAAACGAGUUGGUGCGAUCAAUGGGAGGCCCCGCUCCACAUCCAAGCAAACUGAGAAGGGACCCAGCGCGCUGGGAAGAAAACUGUCAAACUGCUAUUGAUGCCGGCAAAAAACUAGGUGUACAGCCAGUCCUAUCAGCAAAGGACAUGAGUCAAAGUGACGUAGAACACCUGGGUGUUAUGGCAUGGGCAGCUCAAUUCCGGAAUGUUCCCCCUCGGCCACCGGUCCACGAUAUGCUGCGAGUAGCUCUUGACUCUACCUCAGGAAGAGUUGGAGAGCCAACUUACAUAAAAGUGGAAAGUAUAUCGAACGAACUGUCUAUGUCCGACGUAAAAGUGUCAAUAGUAAAUCCGCUGGAACAAGAAUCUAGACUGAAACUGGACUCCAAAGGUGCUGGUGAAUUCGUACCUGAACACGCUGGAAUGCAUGAGAUCGUCCUCACUGUUGAAGACAUCAGGGUGGAUGGAAGGUACUUCUUCAGAGUUCUACCCCGGUUGGUAUCUGUACCGCCCCCCGGUAUGGCGCCGUGUGCAGCGGGAAGUAUCGUCGAAGUACUAGUCAGCGCCACAGGUGCACCAAGACGUGAAGACAUAGAUGUGACAGCCCACUCGCCGAGCGGCCGAGCUGUGCCGUUAGAGCCGAGACAUCCGCCACCGUCAGCGCCGGGCACCACCGCUUCCAGCGCUACCUUUCAGCCGGAUGAAGCUGGAGUGUGGACCAUCGCCAUCACUUACAAAGGAGAACAUAUUCAGGGUGGUCCAUUCACUUGCGAAGUCUUCGACCCAGCUGGCGUUCGUCUCAGUCCAGGUGCACUAGAGGGCGCUAAUCCACUAAAGCCGCACUCAUUCGAGCUAGACACAAGCGGUUGUGGCGUUAAAGGAGACCUGCAAUUGGAUAUAGUUCAUGACAAACGAAGUGUCAUGUGUGCUUUGGAAAAGUUAUCAUCUACCAAAUAUCGGGCUACGUUUAUGCCUAAAGCUCCAGGGAAACAUAGACUGUACAUUUAUUUUAACGGUUAUGACGUUCAUGGGUCGCCGCACGUGUUCCGGGUGGGGUCACGCUCCAAAAAACCCCGCGACAGUUCCAGCCCCUCACCGGCCUUCGCCAGGAUAUCUAGUCCAGUUACAAGAUUGAGAUCGGAAAGUCCUCACAACAACUACAAUCUAUACGAAUCGAAUACAAAGCACACAAGUUCAAUAGACAGACGCGAAGAGCGGCGGAACUCAAACGAUUAUUACAAAUCAUCGUUUCCACCAGACAUCAAAGAAAAGACGUAUGACGUCACCGACUCAUACUCAAAUUCAAGACUCAACAAACGUGAGAACUAUAUGUAUGAUGAUAGUCCCAGAAAUAGAACAGCGAGUCCAAUCACAUCAAAACAUCUAGGAAACGGAUCGAGGCUUGAUUUCGGUCGAUCAAGUACAGAGAGCCCAUACAGAGCUUCCAGCCCCUACAGAGCGACGAGCCCUAUUGGGCGUACAAGCCCGCUAACGAGAAAAGACAGCCCUUUGAAUAGGACCGCUAGCCCAACCUAUAGAGUAAGCAGUCCCACCGAUAGAUAUAGUCCUGUAACCACAACGAAGCGAGUAGUGGAGAAACGAUCUAACUACAAGGUGUACAGCUCGUACAGCGGCUCCCAAGAUAACCUUGACCAGAGCAGCCCAUUAUCUUCAUUAGAAACAGAUCGAAUGAAACGUUACGGGAGUCCAAGCACUGCAGAUACUGGUGAUCCAGGUGGAAAACCUGGUGGAUAUAGAUCUAAAAACGAUUCAUGGGAAUCGAUAGAAAAAACUAGACAAAUGUUCAGUAACAAUAGCCUGGAUUCAUCUGGUGACCGCUACGGACAAAACACGCUUGACCGCGAAACGCAACGUAACACACAACUGAACAAGUUCAGCGAUUACUCGCGCGACUCCUUCAACAAACAUCUCGACAGGUUGGUCGACGAAGCCGACUCGGAUACGUACACCAGCCGUCAAGAGAUCACGAAACGUGAAGUGCGAGAGAGCUCGUACGUGGUGCGCGACUCCUCCUACAGCAGCGUGGAGGAGAAGCAUCAACAACAACAGCAGUCUUUUUUAUCCAAUAGGCCCCCCCGCGACCCAACCGGGGGGGCCUUUACUGAGACGGACGCUGCACAUGCCCGUUUCAGAUCAGUUCAAAGGGAUAACAAUAGAGGUGCAAGAGGAAUAGUCAUAAAACCAACUUACAAAGGAGUGCUGGGGCAGCCUGUAGAGUUCAUUGUGGAUGCGAGCGCAGCCGGCCCCGGACAGUUGGAGCUGGAGGUGUCGGGCGGCAACGGCACGCUGGUCGCCAGCUCGGUGCGGCCGCUGGGCGGCAACAAAUACGUAGCCUCGUUCACACCGCGCGUGCUGCGGGCACACUCCGUGCGGGUUACCUUCAACGAUGAACAUGUUUUUGGAUCUCCGUGGAAGGUCGAGGUGAUGGCUGGGCCGGCGGGCGGCGGCGGGGGGGAGCCCACCAGGCUCAUACCUGCGCGGGUGCCUGCCGUCUUUGAGAUCUCCACCUCGCCGGGCGCGCCCACCUUUAAUAAAAAUGAGGUUGGUGUGACAGUGACAGCGCCGUCCCGGCGGCCGGUCACGGCACGAGUCCUGGACGUGUCGGAGAGGCCUGGCGUGUACCGCAUCGAGUUCACGCCUGAGGAAGUCGGCACGCACUUGAUUGAUGUUUCCAUCGGCGAUGACAAAUUGGCCGCUGGUCCUCUAGUCGCCAAAGUUUACGACGCAAGCCUAAUAAAAGUCACUGACGUAGGCAACGCCCUCGUCGGACAACAGUGCCAGUUCAGAGUGGACGCGAGCGCUGCGGGUGAAGGGCAAUUAGAAAUUUCAAUCAAUGAAGGCGAAGUCCCUAAUCAUGUACAAGUGGUUGGUGGUGGUCGCUGCCUUGUGUUUUGGAGACCUGAAACACCAACACCUCACAGAGUGGACAUAAAAUUCAAUGGGGAACCGGUGCCCUCGUCGCCCUUCAUUUUCCACGUAGCACCUGCACAAAGGGUUACAAUAGACACCUCUCAAGUUGAACUUAUACCGGUCGGCGAGGUGGCAUCGUGUUCAGUGCGAGUGGAAGGUUCAGGUGGUGGCGAGCUGACCGUGACAGUGCGUGGUCCGCGGGGCGAAGUGCCAGUGCGACUGACUGGGGAGGCCCUGACGGGACUCGUAGCCAGUUUCACACCCAAACAUGUGGGCCCGCACACACUCACCGCGCAUUAUAACAACCAACCUGUGCCUGGUACCCCAUUUGUCUGCAAAGCCUAUGACAGCAAACUAGUCAGUGUCAAUGGUGGAUCCUCGGCUCGCAUUGGAGUACCUGUGCAACUGGCAGUGGAUGCAGCUCAAGCUGGAGAGGGAAACCUUGAAAUCACAGUUGCUGCAAGAGGGCUAAAUAUUCCUACACAAGUUCACCCACAAGGCAAUGCCAGGUUCACAGUGUCAUUCACACCAACAGAAGCUUGUGAACAUAUAGUCAAUGUUUCUUUUAACAAGAUGCGUGUACCAGGAUGUCCGCUAAUAAUAAAUGUCUCCGAGGGUGGUGGGAUUGGAGCCAGGGUCACUCUGCCAGGACCUGUUCCACUACACCAACCUGCCUCUCUAACCUUACAUCACUCAGCUGCCACUCUUGACCAGAUCGAAGUUAAUGUUGAGGGUCCCAAUGGCGCGUCGGUACCGGCGGCGGUAGCAGCCACUGGUGCCGGUACGUUCCGUGCCGAGUUCGUGCCACGAGCGGUGGGCGAGCAUCGGCUGAAUGUGCUCGUGGACUCCGCGCCCAUACCUGCCAGCCCAUUUCAUUUGAAGGUAUACGACGUUACCGCCAUUCGAGUUAAAGAUGUCACACACGGCACUGUUGGCAAACCUGUAACAUUUCUAGUGGAAACGAUGGCAGCGGGACCGGGUAACUUGGAGGUGACGGUGAACGGCGGACGCGUGCCGACGGCGGCGGCGGCGCAGGGCGCGCACACGUACGCAAUCAGCUUCACGCCGCGCGACCCGCGUCCGCACACCGUCGAGUUGCGGUUCAACGGAGACCACGUGCCCGGUAGUCCAUUCGUGUGCCACGUGUCAGCGCCCGCGCGGGUGAUUGGUGCGGGGUCGGGGGAGUCCCCGGACAAGGUGUCGGUUGGGGACGCCUACACGUUCAGCGUGGACUCGCCCACCUCGCCGCACGUCGAGGUGUUGGGCCCGGCGCGGAGACCUGUCGCUGUACAGGUAUCGGCUGAAGAGACAGUGGGUGAAAAUGAACCAAGCAAAAGAUACACGAUUUCCUUCGUUCCGGUAGAUGUAGGAGAUCACAGCAUUGAGGUACGGGCUGGCGCAAUGGGCGGCCACGUGGAAGGCAGCCCGUUCCUAGUGAAGGCGUACAGCGCGUCGCGUGUGUCGGUCACCGACAUCUCGCCCGGCGUCGUCGGCAGGCCGGUGGCAUUCACUAUCAAUGCGUCACAUGCCGGCGCUGGGAACUUGGAAAUCAUUGUGGCUGUAAACGGCAGAAAUGUACCUAACUACGUACAAAGUGAAGGGAAUGCUCGAUUUAAGGUUAACUUCAAGCCAACGGAGGCGGCCCCCCACACGCUGUCAGUGCGGUUUAACGGUCACGCGGUGCCGGGCUCGCCCUUCACGUGCAUAGUGUCGGCGCCGGCGGCGGCGGCGGAUGCGCGCGCUGCGGGGCCCGGCCUCAGCUCGGCGCCCAGGGGAGAGCCGGCAGAAAUACACCUCACUGGCUUCCAUACGGGAGACCCCACAAUAUUCGUCACCGGGCCGGGCGGCAGCAGCGUGCGCGCGCGCGUCACUCCGACGGGCGACGGCCGGUACACCGGCUCGUACACGCCCGACGCGGUGGGCCGGCACAGCGUGCAGGUGCAGUGCGCUGGUCGACCCGUGCCGGGCUCACCCUUCACGUGCAACGUGUAUGAUGUGCGGCGGGUCAGAGUCACGGGACUUGGAGCUGGAGAACUCGAAGGCACCCUAGAAGGCCUAAGUCUAGACGAGAGCGGGGACGAGGAGCGCGGCGUGGAAGUGGGCAAGCCGGUGACGUUUAGCGUGGAUGCGGCGGGCGCUGGUGAGGGUACCCUCGAGCUGGUCGUGUCUACGCCUUCAACUACUGUCAAAGCCGAGGUGGUAGCCGUGGCCCGAGGUCUGUACGACGUGACGUUCGUGCCGGUGUCGCGCGAGCCGCACCGCGUGUCUGUCACUUUCAACGAGCAGCCCGUGCCCGGCAGCCCCUUCGUGUGUCGAGUCAGCGAACCGCACACAUACGUACAAAUAGGUGGAGUAGCAGCUAUAGAAGUGGAUGAAAGUCUAUCAGACGUGGAAGUCCUAUCACCUACCGGCAGUCGUAUAUCGGAAGCCAACCUGGAAGAUACUGGACUUCUGACAUUCCCCGCCAACCGAGUUGGUCGCUACCUGGUGAAGAGUCCUAGGGGUCCUAUCGCUGAGGUAGAAGCACUCGAUGCUGCGGCUGUCAAGGUCCUGUCCAUUGGAGACGCGGUAGCGCACCGGCCUGCUAUACUUACUGUAAGUACGGCAGGAGCAGGCGCCGGUAGACUAUCAGCUCGCGUGUGGUGCGGAGGAACAGCCGUGGCGCAUUCAGUGCGCAGACGAGGCGGAGCUAGGAUGGAGCUCGUGUGGCAUCCCUCGCGCGCAGCCACGCACCGACUGGCGUUGUUGUGGAGCGGAGUUCCCAUAUCAAAGGAGCCUUUGAUUGUUGAUGUUCUACCCGCGCAUCAUGGUCAAGAGGUAUCAGCAUCAGGGUUAGGUCUUUACCAGGCUCAAGUGGGCAAGGUUGCAUCAUUCAGUAUAGACACCCUGGGUCGACCAGCCAGAGAGUUUGACGUGGUCGUGUCUGGGCCAGGAAGUAGAGCGUUGCCCGUCAGGUGUUACCAGACCAAGUCUGGGUUACUGCAAGCAGAGUUUGCCAUCAAUGAAAUUGGACAAAGCACUAUAGAAGUACUACAUCUCUCCAAACCCGUUACUGGAAGUCCAUUUACUUGCGAAUCGUUUGACCCCCACAAAGUCAUAUUAUCAGGCUUACCGACAGGGAAUAUUAUUGCACAAACUCCCAUCAAUUUCACAGUUGAUACCAAAGACGCGGGUCUUGGGGAAUUGGAAGUGGUCUGUGAAGCGAUGGGUGACAGAAGAGUGCGACUACCCAUCGAUAUAAGGGAGGAUGGACACACGCACAAAAUUCGGCUACGACCCUCGGUGCCUGCACACUACCGCAUCUAUAUCACAUAUGGGGGUGCGCCAGUGGUUGGCAGCCCAGUGUCACUAGGCGUCCUUAGCGGCAAAGCAAGCAACGCUGCCAAGUGCUUGGGCACGGGACUGGCACACGCCCACGUGGGCAAGGAAGCCGCCUUCACUAUACACUGUGUUGAGGAUACCGCACCCACUGUUCAGGUUGAAAAGCUGACAGACCUCAAGGAAGAGACAACCGACUCAGGGCUCCUGGAGUGUCGGGUAGCGGCGGGCGCGCCACGGGAAUGGCUCUGCGCAUACAUACCGCUUGUGGUGGGAUUGUACGAGGUCCGGAUAUUCACCACUUCGGGACCUUUGCCUGGCAGCCCUUUCUCUGUUAAAGUAAUAGACACAUCAGCCAUAUUACCUGUAGGUGGAUGGGGAACAGACAACUCUGGAAGAGUCCGUGCGCCAUCCAAAAUCAUUUUGGACACUAGCAACGCUGGCCCCGGCACGCUCGAGUGCUUGUUAGCGGGGAGGCAUCAACGUGUAGAAACAGUUGCUGGCCGGGCCGUGGUGACUCUAACAGCGACGGAAGGCGUCAGUGGGGAGCAAGAGCUAGAGCUCACGUACAACGGGGCGAUAGUGGCCGGGGCUCCGAGGAAGGCACUGGUCACGUCGGGGAACACUGCGGACAGGGUGACCUUAGCUGGCCGUGGUUUGGCGCAUGCGGCGCCGCAUACACCCGCAGUAUUCACUAUUGAUGGUAGUGCAGCCGGUCCAGGGGCUCCGGAGGCAUCAUUGGCAUCGCCUGAAGGGGAUUUCAUAGCUGUGUCCUUAACGGCCGCGGGGCCCGGCCUCUGGCGCGCCACAUACACACCAAGGAGGGCCGGCGAUCAUCAGCUCCGAGUCACAUGGGCUGGAAGACUUGUUAAAGGUUGUCCACUAACAGUCAAAGUAAUGGCGGGGUCAGAGAGCGGCGAUGCGUCUCGAGUGGUGUGCUCUGGCGCCGGAUUGGCCGGCGGCGUGGUGGGCAGAGAAAUACGAUCCUGGAUUGACACUAGACGAGCCGGACCCGGAGAACUGACCGCGCACUGUACUGGGCCUAAUAAGGUGGCGUACUGCGAGCUGUACGAGCACGGCGACGGCACGUUCACGCUCAACGUAAAGCCGGCGGAGGCGGGACGCCACGUGCUCAGCGUGCAGUUCGCGGGCGAGCACGUGCCCGGCUCGCCCUUCGUGCUCAAGGUCGCCGGUGCGCCUGACCCCUCCAAAGUGAGGGUAUACGGUCCAGGGGUGGAGCCAGGAGUGCUAGCCACCUUCCAGUCGCGGUUCCUAUGUGACACGCGCGGUGCUGGCGCCGGUCAGCUCACAGUGCGCGUCCGCGGACCCAAGGGCGCCUUCAGGGUAGAGAUGCAACGCGAGAACCAGAAGGACCGCACCAUACUGUGCAAGUUUUCCCCCACCGAGCCCGGCGACUACAGAGUGGAGGUGCGGUGGGCGGGCCGACACGUGCCCGGCUCACCCUUCCCCGUCAUGAUCUUCGACACGCAAGAGGAGUUACGCAGAUACAUGCAAGCAAACGCUGCGUAACGCAUCAAUUAAACUGCCGCUCAAAACAAAGCCUCUCAUUUUUUUGACAUAUUUGUAAAAGUAGCCAGGAAUUUGCUUCUCUGAGUCACAGUAAUGGCACUAUUCGAUACUACUGUGAUCCAGAGAAGCCAAUUCCAUACAUUUUUCAAUGCUAAAAAUUAAAUGAUGUAUAGUAUUUAUAUACUAAAUUCGAAUUAUUGAAUACUAAGUGAUACGUACAUUAGUGAAAAUUUGGCUACUCUGGAUCAUGAUAAUGCUAUUGAUAUGACCCAGAGACUUGGCGGGUUUGCUAUGGUUGCAGUAGUAAUGCAGACAGGCGUUAAAUAACGUCUACGUGUGCACUAAUGACUUAAUUUUACACACAAACGCACUUUGUCAUCUUAAUUCUACAUUGAAAGCCAAACAGACGAAAUAUAUUGACUAAACAAUUAAUGUACAACUGUUAUAUAAGGCUAAGUUCAGAUUAGACGGUCUUACGCAGUACGAUCUGUAUGUACAGUCUGUAUAUACAUUCUUCAAAAUAACAGCUCUUUUCAAGUAAAAUUGUAUAGACGAAUAUUUUUUCGAUUGAUCAUUUUAAUAUUAAUAAAAAUUAUAUAAAAUUUGGUAUAAUUUUCGCUGUUUUUAAAAUUAGGCAUUUUAUCAAUCGGUCGUGUUUAAAAAUGUGGUUUGUAGUUGUGUAAUAUUUGUAGAAUACGCGCGGUUUUACGCGAUGGUCUGAACUUAGCCUUACUCACCAUCCCGAAAUACUCAACUUUUUUUAUUUGUAUACGAUUUACUAUUAUGACAGCAUUUUAAUGUUACUAACUAUUAUCUAAAUAAUAGUUUCAUAUUUUACUACUUUCACAGUAACAAAUAAAAGAACAAAAACUAUUUAAAAAAAAAUUCUAAUUGAAAACUUUUAAAACUAUUUUUUUUUUUUUUUUUUAUUUAUUCUUUACAAGUUAGCCCUUGACUACAAUCUCACCUGAUGGUAAGUGAUGAUGCAGUCUAAGAUGGAAGCGGGCUAACUUGUUAGGAGGAGGAUGAAAAUCCACACCCCUUUCGGUUUCUACACGGCAUCGUACCGGAACGCUAAAUCGCUUGGCGGUACGUCAUUCCGGUAGGGUGGUAACUAGCCACGGCCGAAGCCUCCCACCAGCCAGACCUGGACAAAUUAAGAAAAUCUCAAUCUGCCCAGCCGGGGAUCGAACCCAGGACCUCCGUUUUGAAAAUCCACCGCGCAAACCACUGCGCCACGGAGGCCGUCAAAAUUUUGAAUGUUACAGUUAAUUUAUCUAUAAAGAACAUGGGAUUGAAAUAUUGAAUAGUUAUUAUCAUUUAAUUCUCUGCCAUAACUUAACAAAUGCAUUGAAACAUUAUUACCAACUUAAUAAAUUUAGUCAUAACAUUUAUUAUUUCUUAUGUAACAUAGAAGUAUAUUUCAAAGAUUAUUUAAGUCAAUUUCUUAAUAUACUUAUAAGAAUACGACAUUUUGGAUGUAUUUUGUUUGUUGAAAAAUUAAUUAUUAUAUAAUUUAUUAAUAUUGUAAUUUAAUUAUAUUUAAUGGCAAACAUAAUUUAGAUUUCUAAAUUAUAUUAUACGAUAAAACAGUUUUGAUAUUAUUAGAUCUGAUUUCUAUUAUAAUAGGAUUAAAUUGUCAUUUUUUUUUUGCAACAAUCAAUUACAAAAUCUAUAACGUCCAAUAAAAUGAUAUAUUAAAAUGUAUUACUUUGUUAAAAAUAAAUAACGAAAAAAGCAUAAUAAACUCCUUUAUUUGUUAAUAUUUAUUAAUAACUAGGUACAUAUUAUCUAAGCGUCAUCGUUAAUUAACAAUAUUUUUGUAUACUAACUUGUUUCUUGAUUUUACUGCCUAGUAUUAAGUAUGUAUAUUGUGGAAACUAAACUUGUAUUAAAAUCAAUAAUUAUAAAAAAUAUAAGAACAUUCUUGUAUUAAUUUAUAUUUAAUUCAAGAUUAGUUUUCUGUACAAACUGUCUGGGUAAAUGCUGAUUAUCAGUUACUAAUUGUUAAUAAAUUGAACAUUAUUA